UUUUUUAACAUAGUACAUUCUAUUAUUGUGAGAGCCCUUUUACUAAUUUAUAGGAGCGUAUUUUUUCAAAUUUCUCGAGACUUAAACGAAAUAAGGCAUCUUGUUUCCUUGCUUUACCCGAUCUACAGGAUUCCAGUGGAGCGAGGAGAAGCUGCCCCCACGGAUUAUACAAAACUUUGGAGAAGAAUUGAGCCGUACUUUAAAUCUUCUUUGCUUUCACAGAUUUACAUGCGAGACAUAUCCUCUUCGGAAUGGAUAAAAACAACCAAUGAACUUUAUUCAAAGUUAAGUACAACAAAAAAAACGGACGGGAGAUAUUAUAGUAAAGCGAUUGUUCAAGAACUUUGCAUGAAGUUUGAAAAUCGGUAUCAACUUAUGCUUCCUUACUUUGGGAAAGUUCUUCUUUGCGCAAGUUACUUGGCCUCUCAUAACCCUUUCAAAGCCGAUCGCUCUAUUUUCUCCAUUUUUUCUUCUUCUCGGAGAAAAACUCAUAAAAAAAUCACUUCCAUUUCGAAGCACUCUUUUUCCGGUCCGAAGUCCUUUUCUUUAGGAAGGAUGCUGGCCAUAUUUUAUAAGCUCUCGGAAGACCACGUGCCUGAGUCGUCACUUAUAAGCUUACAGAUCGAGUCAUUGGCCAAAAUAGGACUUCUUACACGUGUUUCUCGGCCAGAAGUACUCGCGCCCAUUAAGUAUCGUUGUAACAUAUACGAGAAGGACGCAAUGAAAAUUGCAGACAGCGUCAAUAUUAAGUUGUCGUAUUACUUAUACAAGUACAUAUGACUGCUGCCUUUUACAUAAAUAAAAAUUACUUAAAGAGUUUUUCCUUAUACUAAGCGCAGGUAAGUGUAAAGCAUCAAAGUAAUUAUUAUUUAGAAAUUGAAAACCGUGAGCGCCCCUUGGAACUUCUAUAAUACAAAAAGUAGCAGCACUGUUAAAAAUGAAAGAGCGAUGAGGUAAAGCAUGGCCCUCUUCGACAGGAAACAUUCUUAGAAAGGGCGUUUUUGAUUGGUAUUCUAGACUGUUCUAACAGGGUUACGAGCCAUGACUAAAUGAUAUAAUUAUUUAUGCGUGCUUGGUUUUCGAUGGAGUUCAUAAAGAGUUUCCCAUAUAACCCACAAAUAGCAAAAAACAGAUAUAAGCGGUUUGGUGGCCGAGAAAGCGGGUGUUACUGCUAUAUUUAUUAUUCUUUAAAAACUAUAUAUAUAAGAAAUCAAUUUAUCUGACGAACUUCCGGACUGCAUUCGAUCGGCUCAUUGGUCCACGGACGCGGAGAGUGGAAGUUGAGAUAUUUCGAAUACUUGUGCAGAUGAUAAGUUUCCCGACCUGUAAGAAUAGAUGUCACACGGCCUUUUUGCCCUACCGUCCCCGCAC